AAUUAAAUUUACCGACAAAGGUAAAAUCGUAGUGACAAUUUCAAUACAAUUGCAAGAUAUAAUUGAAGACAAAAAUAAACAGACUAACGGUCAAAGCAUUAAAAAAGGAAAUUUAUUGGUUGAAUUAUAUGACACUGAAUAUAUAAAACAUGCAUGGAAAAGUUAUUCACAAAGUGACAUGUCAAUGACUAAGACGCAAGAUGGCACAGGACUUGGCCUUUCAAUUUGUAAAAACCUAGUAAAAAUUAAUGGUGGAGAAAUUAACGUAGAAAGUCAAUUAGGAAAAGGAA